GUGUCAUUUGGAAACAAAUUAAACAAACGAUCAUACUGAACACACGACUAUUGGGCGUUGUUUAUGUUUUUAGUAAAAUUUUAUUGUUAAAUACUCGAUUUAUUAAGUUUGAUGUGUGAUUUGUGAAAUCUACAGACCGAUUAAACGAAUUUGAAUUGAAAUUAAACAGAAAUGAUGAAAGUGCAAGUGCAAAUAAUCGUUGCAGCAAUCAGUGUGCUACUAUUGAUCGAACAAUGUAAUGCAAUUUGGUGUUAUCGUUGCACAUCGGCGACUCCGGGCUGUGCAGAGAACUUCCAUUGGCGUGGUAUUGGCUACUGGGGCGAAUCAUGUCCCGAAGAUAAUGAUAUUUGCGUUAAGGUGAUCGAACGCAAAGGAGCAUCGGUGACAAUAAUCCGUGACUGUUUGAGUACAUUGAAUAGUGGCUAUCGAACCGAUUUGCCAGCCGACCGCUACGAGGGAUGUCGUCCAGCUUCGAAAGAUGUUCGACUUGGUCAUUAUGUUUUCAACAAUACAAUAAAAGAGCUCGAUAUCAAACGUGAUCACUUUGAUGAAACAACAUUCUGCUAUUGCUUUCUCGAUCAUCGAUGCAAUGGCUCAACAUCAAUAAAUGCAUCCAUUUUGUCAUGUACCAUUGGAGCGGCAAUCGCCUUAAUGGUCGCAUUGCGACUGUUUUAAUUUUAUUUUAAGUCCAAAUUUUGGAUUUCAACACGAAAAUUUUCAACAAAUUGAGAACAUUCAACAAUUUCCAUUAACAGAAAAAGUUCCAAUUUGAAACUUCUAAACCUUGAUAAGCAAAUCUCAAAAUUGCACAUUUGUUGAACAAAACAAAUUCCCGAAUAAUUAUCAACACUUUUUCAUAUUCAAACAAAAUUCAGAACAUUCCAAAUUGAACUGUCUAAAAUCAGUAGUCUACUCUAAUACAGUAUAAUGUAUUGCCUCCGUUGCCUUAGAUGAUGGUUAAAGUCUUUACAAAAUUCACCAAAAAAGCAGAAUGUUACGCCACAUGCCAGAAAAAAACUCAUACAAUUUCAACUAUGAAAAAAAAAUGAGCCAAUCGAUACAUUGACUUUAUACAAAUAUUUUGACCAUUUUUUUAGAACCUUUUAAAAUGACCAGCUUUUAGGUAUGAGAACCUCAAAGAAUUAUCCAUUUCGUCGCAAUUAUCCGUCCAAAUCAGCAUAUCGAAUAUUCUCGUUAUGAAUUGAUUGAUUCGUUAGUUUUAUCGAAUAGUGCUAUAAAUAGAUUUUUAUAUUGUACAAAAACAAGUCCGAUGAUUUCAUACACAAAACGGUUGUAGUUAGCAAAUCAUCAAAUGUCAUUUUACCAAUGAAUAAAGCCAAUUUUUAAAAAAUUCAAAA